AUGGGAUCAGAACACUCAUUUUUUCCAUGCUACACCUUCCCAGAGGAGAAGACAAACAUGAUUACUAAGCUUUUAGAUGACCAAGACUGUUGGCAAGAGGAGGAUGUGUGCAACAAUCUGAUCAUCAACUAUUAUUCUGACUUGUUCUCCUCCACUGGUUCAAAUAAUCAUGAUGCUAUACUAAAUAAAAUGGAGAACAAGCUCACUCCUGAUAUGAACAACAACUUGAUACAGCCUUUUACCACAGUUGAAGUCGCCCAGGCCUUGAAGGAAAUGCACCCCACGAAAGCUCUGGGACCUGAUUGUAUGCCUCCUCUUUUCUUCCAAAGGUUUUGGCCCAAUAUUGGUUCAUCUAUCACAAAUGUUGUACUACAUGCUUUAAAUACCCGUGAGUUUCCUUCAGAUCUGAAUCAUACUUUCAUUACUCUAAUUCCUAAAACUGAAAACCCUCAGAGAGUAAAGGAUUUCAAGCCUAUUAGUCUGUGUAAUGUUAUGUACAAACUAGUUUCUAAAGUUGUGGCUAAUAGAAUAAAAAUAGUGAUUUCUAUAGUGAUCUCAGAAACAUAG